GACGCCUUGUUACGAGACAACAGAACUACAGCGAAUCCCCUGCCCAUGGAAAAAACAUACAGCAACGGAGUGUUUUCUCGGAAACCGUUGAUAUUUCCAAAUAUUGCAAUUUAUUUACAGAAAAGAUACACUCGGUCUACAAGAAGUUAGUGACACCGAGCGUCUGUAAAAUUAUACAAACUCCCUCUGUUUUUAAUUUAUGUAGGGUGAAUUUCUUUUUUAGCCCGUUAGCAAAGCAACUUCCUCUCUUGUGUUAGAGGUGCGGAUGCUGUGCUAGUUCCCUAAAACUGGAGUGUAUUAUAACUUUUAUAAGCUUUAAAAGUUUCACAGCUUGAAAGCUGAUUAUGAUAACAAAUACCUACUGGUGAGAAACAUGGAGUUGUACUGGUACAUAGUCGUCAUAAUAUUUAUUAUGAUUAAGAUCUUCUUUUACAUCUGCUGGUACCGUUCAAGGCAAAGACAGCUCGCUGCAUACCUCAGCAAUCCCCGCAAUACACAGAUCGUCAUUGUGGGAGGAAGAGCGUACCUGCACCAAGUCUGCGAAAGGCAAAAUACAUCAAUCUGGCCCAGUUGGUACGGCGUUCAGGACGACGGCUCGGUGGGCGAACCCUCCGCCUCUCUUCCACCAUCAUCAUCACUUUCUCAUCUAGACAUGCCUCCACCAUAUGAGGCCGUGUCUGGAGCAAACGAUCUAAAGCCUCCGCCAUACAGCGAGUAUGCACAAAACGACGACACCGAUACAUCCCUCAGCAUCGCCAUCCCAGACGGCAACGAUUCUAGCGCGAUCACAGAAGCCCCACCUCCUUACACACCCAGUGCCAUCUCUCCAGCCAAUCAGCAAGUAGACAACCACAGCCAAUCCGAGGGAAGGUCAAGUUAGACAGCUUCCAGAUUUCAAAAUAAGGGCUUGGCAACAGGUUUAGCCCUUCCCCAGGUUGUUGUUGUUUUUUUCCAUCUGGACUUAUUUUCUUUACAAGCCACUUGAAAUGAUCUGAAACUAUACAGGAUUAAGGAUGUUUGUUGGUUCUCUUGUAAAAUGCAAAAUAUGCAGUAUAAAGAAUAGCUGAUGCCAUCUGCUGGUAGAGAUGAUAACUGCUCUGCCCACGCUGGUAAAAACCGGUGCUUUUAGUUCACUCAUGCCUUAUUCUCAUUUUAGUCAGCAUCACAACAGGGCUUAGCCAUACGACAGACACCACAUAAUCCAGUAAUAUUUGAAACACAUUUCUUUGCGACAGUCCUGGGGAUCAACGAAAUGAGCAUCAGCACAGCGUUACGGAUUUUAGAUCCCGUGAACUGUACAUAGGCUAUCUGAUAAUGGACAAUGUUAUUAAAACGUUUUCUUUUUGUUUUCUCUAAAGUCCCAAAGGGAGAGGUUCAAGUAAGUGAAGGUUUAUUUUUAACCUCAGUUUAUAUGUGAUGACAAUUUAAAAAAGAAAAAAAAACUUUGCCCUGUGAAGCACUUUUAAAUGUGUUGUAAUUGCCUUAAUCUGUUGGUAGACGUCCGAUAUCCAUAAAUCAACCAGAGCCAGUGUGGAUAGUGUGGUUGUUGGUUCUGACUUGUUGUGUAAAUGUGAAGCAGUCAUACUCCUGUGUUGUAUCGCUUAUCAGGUUAACUGUAAUACACUGAUGCAUUCGAAAUCACAGUGCCCUUACGAACUAAUUCUGCUAACCGGAAUAGAAAUCCUCUGUGCGUAUGUGCGUGUUAUGGCAUGUGUUAAGUGUGUUGAUAAAUCCAAAAUGAACUUCCUUGUGAAAAUGCUGAUGUGUUUUGGUGAGCGCAUGAAGUCAUCUCUGUGCAAUUGUCAAUAUACCAGGUUAACAUAAUGGGAUCAAUAAUUUUUGUAUAAAAAAGUCCACAUGAAAGGAUGUGCUGUAAGUGCUUUUAAAAAAUGUGUGUGUGUGUAGUAGUUAUAUUUUCCUAUAUGGAUGCCCCGUCCUUUCACUUUCACUAUAUAAUUUCAUUUAAUCAUAAUUUGAUUUAAAUAGCUAAUCCUUCAACAUGUAUUAUCUCAUUUAAACCGAAGUACUGUAUAUGCUAUUUUUGUAUUUAUGGAAAAACCCUUCAAAUCUCUUUCAAAAAUAAAGUUGGGUGAAAUGUCUGAAA